AUGGACGGCCGGCUGCAAGUUUCAACGCGCAAAUGUUUCCCACAUGUUAUGUAUUGUCAGUUGUGGCGUUAUCCGGAGGUCACGUCAACUCAGCAGCUAAAGGCAGUGCCGCACUGUCGUUAUCCAUAUAGCAAAAGACUGGAUUUUGUUUGUGUCAAUCCAUAUCACUAUGAGAAGGUUGAAACACCCGGUGCGUUACUUUUGUAUUGA